AUGGAACAUGAAACUCGGUACUUAGGUUCCUCGACGGGGCAGAGCCCUGUACUCAACCUCUCCAAGUCCAACUGCGAAGCCAGCGGGAGUGAGGGAGGAGGAACAGGUCCCGAAGACGAAGAUGAGGAGGACGAAGGAGGGGAAAGCGACCAGGACGAUGUGUCGGACAAAGAGCAAGACUCGGAUGUUGCAGAGCUGUCGGACACGGGCGAAGGCGCACCAUCCCCAGCCACUGCUUCGCCGCACGCCCUCAACUACUCCGCGGCACUCACGUCCGGGGGUCCCACACAACCCACCUCCGACCCGACCAUCUCUUCCACGGAGACACUCCUCAGGAACAUCCAGGGUCUCCUCAAGGUGGCAGCGGACAACGCGAGGCAGCAGGAGAGGCAGAUCAACUACGAGAAAGGCCUCAUCCUACGGUACGGCGGGCUCAGCGGGUACCUUACCGAAACCACAGCAACGGUUGAUGUUGAUGCCUUUGAACCGUUGAUUGCCGGUUGUUGCCGCGCAACAAAAACUAAUCCCUUGAAUAUUCAGGUCCUUGAGUAG